AUGGAGGCGGCUAGUGCACAAGCUCCGUGCUCCUCGGAAGCACCGGGACUUCUUAGUAAUUUCAUGAACCUCCUGCUCAGGAUCAAAGAAAAACUCUUCACCUGGAACAUCUUGAAAACAAUUGCCCUAGGUCAAAUGCUGUCCUUGUGUAUCUGUGGGACAGCUAUUACCAGCCAGUAUUUGGCAGACAAGUACAAAGUGAAUGCUCCUAUGCUUCAAAGUUUUAUCAACUAUUGUUUACUGUUUUUUAUUUACACAACAAUGUUGGCAUUUCGACCAGGCAAUGAGAACCUUUUGCACAUCCUGAAAGAAAAAUGGUGGAAGUAUAUCUUCUUGGGCCUGGCUGAUGUGGAGGCUAAUUAUAUGAUUGUCAAAGCUUACCAGUUCACUACCCUCACGAGUGUCCAGCUUUUGGACUGCUUUGGAAUUCCUGUUUUGAUGGCCCUUUCAUGGUUUGUUCUUCAUGCAAGAUACAGAGUGAUCCAUUUUGUUGCUGUGGCCAUCUGUCUUUUGGGAGUAGGAACAAUGGUUGGUGCUGACAUACUAGCUGGGAGAGAUAACAAUUCAGGAAGUGAUGUGUUGAUUGGUGAUGUCUUAGUUCUACUUGGAGCUUCUCUCUAUGCCAUUUCUAAUGUCUGUGAGGAGUACAUUGUGAAAAAGCUGACCCGAGUAGAGUUUCUAGGAAUGGUGGGCUUGUUUGGGACAUUUAUCAGCGGUCUCCAGCUGAUACUUGUAGAAUAUCAGGAUAUUGUUAAAAUUCAGUGGAACUGGAAAAUUGCCCUGCUAUUUGCGGCUUUUGCCCUCUGUAUGUUCUGUCUGUAUAGCUUCAUGCCAAUGGUCAUUAAAGCCACAAGUGCUACCUCAGUCAACUUGGGCAUCCUGACUGCUGAUCUCUACAGUCUUUUCUUUGGACUCUUUCUUUUUGGAUAUAAGUUUUCAGGGCUCUACAUUCUCUCCUUCAGUGUCAUCAUGGUGGGCUUCAUCUUAUAUUGUUCUACUCCUACACGAAAUGCAGAACCAUCUGAAAGCAAUGUGCCUCAACUGACCAGCUAUGGGUUUGAUAAUCUGGGGUUAAAGAUCGAGGAGAACAUCCAGGAACAGAACUCUGCACCCAUGUAGUCAAAGAAGCUGUGGUGCAACUGGACUGUGGUUAACCAUCAGAUAAACUGGGUGUCACCAUCCUGGUAUAAAGUGGAAUUCACUACUUGUGAAGCAACACUAAAAUAUCGAUGAAUUUGUCAAAAUGUGAACAUUGUGUCAAUGUCUGCUUGGCUAUGUUGUAUAGAAUUGUAUAAUAUGAAACAUUUUCUAAAAAAAAAAAAAAAGAAAUCACUACUAUUAUAUAGCAGAAGUGAGUGUUUAGAACAUGACUGAAUAUGUAUGAUGACCAAACCCAUCAGUGUCAAGACUGUAGAUGGUAAGGCAUCAAGUCGGAGAGAACCGAUAUGAGGCUGCAAAUGAAGGAUAAAGGAUGUUUAUGGAAGUGACUGAGGAACAAGCUGGAAGUUAGGGAUUAACAGCUAGUUGGACAGUCUAAUAGUCCAAUUUCUCUCAUCCGGGUGCUUCUUAUAUAUUUUUUGGAAGAAAAAGAUCUAUUCCGAGGAUAGAGUCAUCUAGCACUUACAAGGAAGGGCAGUUAAAUGAAUGCACUUAGUUGGAAAGUAUAAUAAAUGGGGGUGUAGUUGACAGAUCCUGUCUAUACCAUUUAUUGAACUAGACACUUAACUGAAUUCAGGAAAGCCUGUCUUCCUUUUACUGUUGUAAAAAAAAAUGGUUAAGGAGGUAGCUAAGUGGCUCAGUGGAUUGAGAG